UUCUGACACAAGCUGCAAGAAAGCGGCGUCUUGAAGCUUCAGUGCGCUUCGGCUUUUUUUAGAUUUCUACUUUCGACUUUUACUCAUUUGACACAGUUGACAGCCUUUGGGAAUUGGCUUUGCGAACUUCAUCGCUGCCUUUGGAUAUUGUAUGAACAUUUGAAUACACAAGGCUGUAGUAGUUAUUUCUAAUGGAUAUCUACUCAUCAAAAUUGUCAUAUCCAUUGGAUAUCGGAGUUGGCGCUUAUCUACUCAUCCUUGCCGUUCUGUCCAUCUCGGGGAACCUCCUGGUCCUCAUCAUGGCGGUCAAGCGCGCCUCACACAUGAAGCCAGCGGAACUCCUGAGUGUCAGCCUGGCCAUAACGGACCUGGGCGCCGCUGUCUCCAUGUACCCGCUGGCGGCCGCCUCGGCCUGGAACCACCACUGGAUCGGCGGCGACGUCACGUGCCGCUACUAUGCCUUCAUGGGCUUCUUCUUUGGCGUGGCCAGCCUGGCAACGCUUACCGUCAUGGCUGUCAUCCGCUUCAUCGUGUCCACCAAUCUACAGUCUCCCAAGGAGAGGGUGAGCAAGCGGAACGUGAAGCUGCUGGUGGUGGGCACGUGGCUCUACGCCCUGCUGUGGGCCACCUUCCCGUUCGCUGGCUGGGGCAAGUACGGGCCCGAGCCCUUCGGCCUGUCCUGCACGCUGGCCUGGGCCGACAUGCGGAACGUCCCCCACGGUGUCUCCUUCGUGGUCAGCAUGUUCUCCAUGAACCUGGCCAUCCCGGCCAUCAUCAUCAUCUCCUGCUACGCAGGCAUCGUGCUCCGCCUGCGCAUGACCUUCAAGUCCGUCAAAAACUGCAACCACAUCCCCAACACUCUCAAGAUGCAGAGGAGACUCAUAUUGAUCGCCUUCAUCAUCAGCAUGGGCUUCCUAGGUAGCUGGACACCCUACGGCUUGGUGAGCAUGUGGUCAGUGUACCAGGACAGCGCCUCCAUCCCACCACUGGUGAGCAUGCUGCCCUGCCUGUUCGCCAAGACCUCCACUGUCUACAACCCCCUCAUCUACUACGCCUUCAGCAAGACCUUCAAGGCGCAGGUGAGGCAGAUGUGCUGCCUGUGUGGGCGGCCCACCGCCUGCCAUCCCACCAAGGGCGACAAGGUCACCAACACCAUUUACACGGUGCGUGAGUUACGGAAGCCCUCAGAGCCCCAGCCACAGCCCCGCCUGGAGCCCAGCAUGGAGGAACAGGUGGAGGAACGGCUGCCCCUGGAGUACAAAUAGCGUUUUGGGGAUAGUGGUGUUAGGGCCAGCCACCCGGAGGCGAGAGCAAGACAGAAGCCUAGGGCUGGAUUAGCAGAACAGGAGAGGGGGCAAAAAAUAAAUGUGUAUUGACAUGGAAAGCUUUUCAAAUGAUCUCCACAGGGGAGUUUCUUUUCUUUCUCUCAGUCCUGUGAAAAGCUGUGAAAAAUGGUGUAUGAAGUAUGAAGUGUAUGAAGGACAUCUGGAUCAUUUCUGUUUGUGUGUUUUUUCCAUUAAUGAGGCCUGCAGCUUUACAAAGGCAGGUGUCCUAGACAUGAGGGCAGUUACAUCCUAACAGAGGCUUCCUUUGAAUGUGAGGGGUAAUCAAUGACCUUUGGGUCAGUAAUUGACAGCAAGGUUGCUGUUGUGUGACACUGCAUGCAUCCAAAGACUUUUGGGAAGUUAGUGAAGAAUAUGGUUUCCAUAGUUUCAUGGGUGACAUUGUAAGAGGUCCAGUUUACACAGAUAGAGUCUUUUUCCCCAAAGAAUAAGUGCCUAAGUUGAGUGCAGACAGCCUCCUGAUGUUGGGCAGAAUCUAUCUGGAGAGAAUUGCCAGCCCAGGAGGUCGAAGCAAGGAGAGAGAGUAGGAGAACAGGGGAAGCACAAGAGGAAA